AUGGAUUUAACCCCAACCGCUCAUCUGUUAUCAUCUUUAGCAGAUUACUUUGAUUUCUUAGGUGAUCGUUUUGAUCACUACGAGGCCUUAGGAAUGUUGUUAACAGGAAACGAAAAUUAUGCUGAGAAGAGGAUUAUCAAAAAAAAAUUGCAAUUAGGAGAAAUGAAUUCGGAGGCAAGCUUAAGCAAAAAAGAGAAAAUGCGAACACAAUGUUAUGUUUGUAUAAUAGACAAUUUUAAGUCGGAGAUUAUUCGCCGAUCUGAUAGUUAUAAAUCUUGUUCAAGAGCAUUUGAAUUUUUAGUUAAACUAAAAGCUACGGAAGAUGAAGAUAUUUUUAGAUCGGCAACCGAAUUACAACAAAACUACAAGGAGGAUUUGGACGAGUAUUUUCCCCAAGAAUGUGUUCAUUUAAAUCAUUUGUCUUCCCCAUCGUCUCUUCCCCAAUUAAAAAUAUACACUCCUUUAGAAUUGGUACAGGCUUUAUACGAAAAUAAAUUAAUAUCUUCAUUUCCAAACGUUAAUAACAUAAUGGUCGCAAAUGCAAGUGGCGAACGCUCUCUUUCGACACUAAAAAGGGUAAAGACCUACUUAAGAAAUGCAAUUUCCCAAGAAAAUUUGAACUCCUUAGCAGUCUUAUCCAUUAACGAGGACCUGCUAAAUGAAUUAAAUAUAAAUGAUAUCAUCGAAAACUUCGCUUCAGUAAAAUCAAGAAAACAAGCUUUUCAAUAG